AUGACUCUGGAGGAAACGCACGGACAGGAGCCCAUGCCCGAAACGAGCGACAGGAUGCAGAGCGCCGGCAAAGCCCUGCAGGAGCUGCUCGUCUCCUCGCAGCGCCGCGGCUGCCUGACGGCCGGCGUCUACGAGUCUGCCAAGCUGAUGAACGUCGAUCCCGACACGGUGGCCUUCUGCCUGCUGGCGGCGGACGAGGAGGACGAGGGGGACAUUGCCCUCCAGAUCCACUUCACCCUCAUCCAGGCGUUCUGCUGCGAAAACGACAUCGACAUUGUGCGGGUGAGCGACGUCCAGAAGCUGGCCGGCAUCGUGGGGGCCGCUGAGGAGGCUGGGGAGCCCCGGGACCUCCACUGCAUCCUCAUAACGAAUCCUAAUGAGGAUGCUUGGAAAGAUCCAGCCUUGGAAAAGCUAAACUUGUUUUGCGAGGAGAGUCGGAACGUCAACGACUGGGUGCCCAAUAUCACCCUACCUGAGUGA